AUGAUUACCUCCAUGAAGCGGAACGUCCUCGAUGGACUGAACAAGAGAUACAUUUACGGUCGCGUGCCACUCCUACACACGAUCAUCUUCCUCAUAGAAAUGGCUGUAGCCACGCGGAUUGCUAGCAAAUUCAAUACCUACUAUGCCGAAAGGCCAGGUAAGGCGCCAACCGCGACGUCCCGCGAGGAGGUGUCACCAGUUACUAACCAGCGUAUAACGAUAGUGCUCACAACGAUGGUCACCAAUGCUGUGCUUGGUGGCGUCGCCGAUACCGUUGCGCAGGCGAUUACGGCCUUCCGGGCUCGAAAUGACCAACGAUCCCAUGAGAACGACGACUUUAUCUCGAUAGAAAUCCACGACUUGGAUAAGGAAAGGCCUCCUACGGUCGGAGAGUUGGGGUUUGCGGCGCAUUCGCCGCCGCCGUUCGAUUUCGAGCGUCUCACGAGGUUCAUGGCAUACGGUUUCUUUAUGGCGCCGGUGCAAUUCCAGUGGUUCGGUUUCUUGUCUAGGGCGUUCCCUCUCACUAAGGCAAACCCGAGUCUCCCGGUGUUCAAGCGUGUUGCCUUUGAUCAGCUUAUCUUUGCGCCUUUCGGUCUGGCCUGUUUCUUCACUUUCAUGACGAUUGCGGAGGGAGGAGGCAAGAGAGCAUUGACGCACAAGUUCCAGGAUGUGUACUUGCCGACGCUGAAGGCCAAUUUUGUCCUGUGGCCGGCAGUACAGGUCCUCAACUUCAGGGUCAUUCCCAUCCAGUUUCAGAUUCCUUUUGUUUCAUCCGUUGGUAUUGCGUGGACCGCAUACCUCUCGCUCACCAAUUCCAGCGAGAAGUCUUGA